UACUCCGUGCGUCGAACAAUAGUGCUCUCUUGCUGGCAAGAUACAGCACUGUCACUCCCCCCACAAAGCAUCCAUGGCACCGCGGCGGUUCGUCACGCAGACGGCACAUAAAGACGCUAUUAGUCUUGCGUCGUCGCUUGCUUUCAAUAGCGGAAACCGGGAAGCGCCUUGGUACGGCGUGCAGAACCGCUACCUCUCGGACCUCCUCUCCGCGACUAUGACUCUUUUCCCCCAGUAUCGGAUAGAUCUACAUUCAUCCCUCUGGAAAAAGCCGUUGAAGGCCUCCUCCGCGCCGAAUUCUGCCGCGCCGGCGUCUGCCCCGACUUCAACCGCCGCGCCACCCGCUGCGCCCGACCCUGUGUCGACGAUCCCCGACUCGUCCACUGCGGAUGCUUCCGAGCCUGAAGUCGUGGACUUGCACUUGGACGACAACUCGGAUCCUGAAGAACUGGAUGCUAUGACAGUCGAUACGCAUGAGACGGACGAAAGUGAGGACGAGCACAUCAGAGCCCGCGCGAUCGCUGCGCUCGAUAGCGAGGAGGUUCAGGCCGAGACUGUGGAUGAGGUGGAUGCGUCAGACGGCUCUACCGACGACGAGGAUGAGGAUGAGGAUGAGAAUGAGGACGAGGACGAGGACGAUGGGGAGAGGGCAGUCGACGUCGACGCGGAUGAUGAGGGUGAUUGGGAAGACGUUGACGACGAUUUCGAAGGCGAGCACGGCAAUGAACAGCGUGGAGCACAAGAAGAUGGCGUGGAUGAGCCUGAAGACGAAGAUGCUCGUGCCCCGGCGCAUACCUCUGUGCCUGUGGUACAUGGACCUCAGCUCAGGUAUCGUGCCAGUCGAGCUCAAGCUUCGGGCCAGACGGCCGCCGAUGAGACUGACACGUCAAGUCCUGUCCGUCGAGCCUCUCACCAGUACACGAGCCCGUUCCCCGACGACAAGUCUGAUACCAGCAGGAAGACCGACAAGGACAAGAAGGGCUUCCAUCGAAAGCCCGACUUCUGCAUCACACACACCAUCAGCGCCAACAUGCGCUCCACGCCUGCUGAUGGUGAGGACGCUGAGCUGCAUGCAGUCAGGUUUGAGAUCCACUGCGGUCGCCAGACACAGCAUCGAUGCAUCAUCCUCAUCGAAGAGGACAAGCGGGCCCCAAGCCGCAAGCUGACUGGCCGUCAGCGAGCAAUGAAAGUGAAGCGAGAGCUCUCGAGUGCCACGUUCCAGCUCAUCACUUACAUGUCUGCCUACUUCUACGCCGUGCCACAUUCCCCCGGGGUGAUUGGUCGGGUCACCUCCGGUAUACACUGGAAAUGGCUGCUGGUCAAGCCAAAGGAUGUGCCGAAGUAUGAUCCGAUUGCGCGAGCGCCGAGGAGGGAUCCUCCUAACGAAACCUUGCACGAUUUACUGAUCAAGCAGUACUCCAACGCGCCUACGUAUCACCUAGGAUCCAACAUAUCCGACACGGCUCUGAACGAUAUGAGGACCAAGCUGUACACACUAGCUAGAGAUUGCACGAAGGCGCAUGAAAACAAAUAGCCAUGUACUGUAUAUACGUUCCGCCAAAACAUAUUGUUGCGAGCUA